GGUGUUGUUAUGCUGAGUGUGCAUGCCUUUACCUCGCCACUGACGAGCUGGCUGCGGCUAGCUUAAUGGGUUAGCAUGCCUCUCUUCUUACGUCUAUCCUCGUCAAGUUAGCCUGACUUAUACCAGACUUGGUCUUCAAACUAAGAGUGUCCGAAUCACUUAAGCGCCUAACGCACAUGUUUUCAUAAAUAUUGGGUUUAUUUUGAAAGUUUCUACCGGAAAUGCGUGUGUAGCCGUUGGGGACUGACAACGGUCGGACUUCUACUAUGCUGAGAUGGCAGCUACGCUUUUGUACACUCAUGAGCCGCGAAUAAAACAUGCCAUUCAGAUUUUGGGUUUGAUGUAGCGCAACGGCAAGUGGUUUCGCGCGUAAACGGCGAUUUCCCCGGUGAGGAAUCGCUCGUGGCGCUGAAUUGCUACAGUUCUAGUAGGAAGGCUGAGCACGGGGAUUUCCUCGCCUGCUUGUUUUGUAGGCGGGGAGUUGUUUGCCACUUUCACAAGCAGGCGUUGAGAGGUUGGAGACAGAGUCGUGGAAUGACAAAACUGUGUAACUGGUUGUUUUUGUGAUACAUAGUUUGCCAAGACGUCGCGUGUCCACUGUAUGACAGCGCUUCUUGGUGGCUUGUCAACUCAUGCGCUUCUUGCUGUUCAAACCUGCUGCUUCAUCACCUCGUUGUGAAAAGGAGCAAGCGCAAGCCGAGGCAGCGGUUUAGCGAGACCAGACCAACCAGCAGUACAGGUGGACGCGGCUCUCGUGGCAUGACUACCAUAAACAAGGGAAACAAGGCCUUGAAGGUGAAGCGGGAGCCAGGGGAAAAUGGCACCAGCCUGACCGACGACGAGCUGGUGACCAUGUCAGUGCGGGAGCUGAACCAGCAUCUACGGGGCCUGACCAAGGAGGAAAUCCUUCAGCUGAAGCAGCGGCGGCGUACCCUGAAGAACCGGGGCUAUGCUGCCAGCUGCCGGGUGAAGCGUGUCACCCAGAAAGAGGAACUGGAGAAGCAAAAGGCUCUGCUGCAGCAGGAAGUGGACAAGCUGGCCACAGAGAAUGCCAGCAUGAAGGUGGAGCUGGACGCUCUGCGUUCAAAGUAUGAGGCCCUCCAGAGCUUUGCUAGGACUGUGGCCCGCAACCCUGUCACCUCAGCCAGGGGACCUAUGGCCUCUGUCAUAGGACCCCUCAUCCCUGGUAAAGUAGGUGCCACCAGCGUCAUCACUAUCGUCAAAUCCAAAACGGAGGCUAGGUCGUAGUAGCAGAAAGGGCGGGAGGAAGUUUUUCAAGACUAAACUAGUCAGUGCAUUGUAACAUGCCACAGGACUACCUAAAGUUAGUUCUCGGUUUUAACCCUUGACACUAACAGUAAAAAUAUGCUUCCCACAUUCACUUUUAAAGCAUGACUCAGCAGUCUGUACCUGUCAACAGACAUAUUGUGCUUUAAAGUGACACAGUCAAAUUGUACGAUUUAGGACAUCACAGUUGGUUGUUGAAGAAUGGUGAAAUAUUGGCAAUACUGAAACAUUUCAUUUAAAAAGCAGAUAAUGGUUACGAAUACUCAAGACGGCAAUAUUGGGUAGAAAAAGUACAAAGUGGAAUUAAAUUCAGACCGUUAAAUAGCUUUUCGAUUUUUGAUAAGGUACUGUGUGUGAUGUGUCCGUUUCCUUAAGACUGAGCUCUUAAGACCUUUCCGUCCUAAGAAUUGGCAUUUGUAAAGUCUCACAACCAGUGAAAUAAUGUUUCAGACAUUAGUCCUCGCCCCUGAACCACUUUGGUUGUUAUUAUGCACUGACUUAAAUUUGGAUAAAUGACAACAGUCACAAACUCUUGGCGUGGAUGCUCCAAAUGUCUUCAUAACAGCCUGACUAACCCAAAACUAGUACAUUUUUGUUGGUCGCCUGUCAAGAAUAUAAGUGUGAAAUAAUGCUCCCAAAUCUAGCAUUCAUUUCAGUUUAUCUGUGACAGGCUUUAUUGAACUUGUCAUUAUCAAUAUGACUGGUAGAUGCAAUAAUAUACGUAUGCACUGAAAAUACAAAGAAGUCUUGCAUAUUUAUGGUUAAGUGGAAAUGUUAAAAAUGAUCAGCAGUUCUUAAUGAUAUUGUUCCAGAGCUGAGUGCCAUUCCAAUAUGACAAGAUUCUUUUACAAUAGCUGAAUACCUGAAUGUUAUAACAGUAAUAUCCUCAUGUUUUGUGGGGACAGUGAAAUCCACAAACAUUUUGAAACAUAACUUUUGCUCAUAGAGAAAAAAUGUUCAAGUUGUUUGGUUUAAAAUAUAUACAUAUUGCAUUUUUUGUAAUUACUUGUUGACAGGGGCCGUCAGAUAUUUCCAAAAGAAAAUCUUUACACAAGCUUUACUGUUUGAAUUGUUAAGGUGUAGAAAACUUUGUCUAUUGUUGAGUUCUUGGUUUUUAAUACUAGCUAGAUUACCUUCCAUUGUUUAUAGAAAUACAGAUAAAGAAAACCUAAAAAAAAAAAUCCUGUGACAUCUUUUUUGCAAUUGUACCGAAAGUGGCUUACUAUUGAAGUCUGAUAGCUUUUUUCUAGUGACUAGGCGCGUACUGUGGGGUAGCGCGUGACGUGAUGUGUAAGUGACAAGUUGGCAGUGUCGUUCACUGUAUAGAUGUCAAUGCUGUGCUAUUUAAAACAAAUCUGUAGAGCUAAACUAGGUGGUGUAAACAAGGUCAAUUGUCUUUGUGCGUAUUGGCAUCUGUGAUAUCCUCCGCUUCCUUGGUGUUAGUUACAAAUCAUGUUGUCAUUAAGAGUUUACCCCAUUGAGCCAUGUAAGACAGAAUUGGGUGAAAUGGAAUUAGUGACUUUUACUGAAGCUUAAAGUGAUACUGUCAUUGCAGAAUCUGAAUAAGGGUUGCACCUGGUGCUGGAUGCCCUCUAAACACAUCCUCUGUAACCUGCAGGUAAAUGACUUCAUUGUUGGGAAGAUUUCAUUAUAGUAUCCAUUUCAGCCACUUACAGUAAUUGGUUGGAAUUAGAUCAUAGGAUAACUCUUCAAAUGUAGCUUUUGACAGAAUAAAAUGUGAAGUUAAGUGUUUUCCCCCUCCAAUUGUUGUUGAGAAACUUUCUCAAGACUAUAGCGAUAAAAUUGCAUCAAUAAACUUAAAGGGUAAUCGCCAAAUGGUGCAGCAUCACUUGUGUACAUUUACCCAAUGGUCUUCAGACUGUCAGAUUAAAAGCGGGAGGGUUUGGCUGAGGGUUUGUAUGCACUAAGCUCCUGCUUGUUUUGCUCAGGACAAAACAGGUCACUCUGAAAAUGAACAAACCAUUCUAGAUGAGAAGCAGGGAGGCAGGGAUGGCAGCUCUGCUCAUGUUUUUCCUCCCUCUUUUUUUUUUUUUAUUAUUAUAAUAAGCAUGUCAUAAAGGGCUUCAAUCCGCACUCAGACACAGCAAGACCACGUAGAAUUACAAUCAUAAACUGCUGCCAGCAGCGCUCCUUCUGUGCCAAGUGUCGCAUCACUCUCCUGGCCCUCUAAAAGGGAAUGUAACAGUGGAGCAGUUUUACACCUCAAGAUGAAAGUAGUUGUGUAAUGGUAUUAACAGAAUGCACUUAAUCUGGAUCUCACUUUCCUGCUGGUCAGAAUGUCUUAUAGUGUCGGCCAGGUGUUAAUCUACAGUCAGUCUCAAAACUAUGCCUCAGCAAAACUCCAUGCUACAGACCUGGGUGCUGGUUAUACUGUCUGUGUGCAAGUAUCCUAUCCUCAACAUGCUUAGCGAUGUACAUUGACUGGUUAACUGUGGGAAAAUAUAUAUCUGACUCUUGACAUAGCCCAGUAUUGAUGUUGGCGUCCUUAUUGCUGUGGCAGUCUUGUGGAGUGAAUCUUUUUUGUGUGAAGUGUCUUUUAAGGUGUUUGAGCGGCACCGUCGACCAAUCUCUCAAUCUCUCAAUCUCCGCUAGAGAUGAGGACUCUCUCUUUCUCACACAUACAGAUGUAUAGUAUGUAGCUACAGUAGGUAUUAAUGACCAUUGUGAAAAAGUGACCCUUAAUAUGCAACUCAGUGGAAAGGUGUGAAAGAGUAGAUGUAAGAGUAAUCAAUAUUGUCAAAGUGACUAUGGUCUGUUAUUUAAUAAUUCUUGCUGUUUUGUAGGUUCUUUGCAAAAUGUUUAUUUUUUAUUUUGCCCUCAGAUUUUGAAUCCCUGAAUGGAAGAGCAAUCGGCCCUUGUUUAUAGUAGCUAACAUGUUAAAACUGUAAUAGUGUACAGUGUUUUAAAGGAAUCAUUGCACUCAAGCCUUACUCACUAAUUACUCUGGUCUUAAAUUAGCUGAAUUACCGGAUCCGUGAAUUGGACUGACUGAAAGAUAUUGCUAAUAUAUAAAUGUUUGUGCACUGAGGGAAAUGGAUGCUACAAUAGACUCUGUCACAAGGGCCACUUGCAAUUGUGUGUGUGUGUGUGUGUGUGUGUGUGUGUGUGUGUGUGUGUGUGUGUGUGUGUGUGUGUGUGUGUCCUCUGCUGCUACACCAGUCAUUAAUGCUCGUUGUUUGCUGUAGCAUCAUCCACAGCAUUUCUGUUCUCAUGUCUUGAGUGUGUAUUUGAAAUUGAUCUUAACACUGUAAUUUGUUCUGCAGAUUCAAUGUUUAAUUGGUUAUAGCUUUUUCCUUGUUUGAUUUAUUUUUUAGAAGCAUUAUGUUAGAGAGAGGAUAAAUAACAGCACUUGUGUGGAAGUUGAAUUUAAUAGCUCUCAAGACAUUGGCUUUUUUCAUUAAAUUAUGCUUUGAAAACAGUUGACUGUGCAGGUUUCCUGCUCUCACUCCGUGGAGUGGGUCUGUGUUUCAAAGGUAUAAAAAUCUGACUAAAGUGAGUAAUACAAAGUUAAUUAUCUGUUUUUCUUAUUUUUCUGUAUGGGUUGUAAUAAAAUAUUGCAGUAAUUUGUAUAAAAACAGACAAUAGUUAAUGGUAACUAUUUAUAAAUUAAAUUAUUGUACUUUUUGCAAUCUGUAGAUAAGUACUAUGUAUUAAUAUAUACAGUAACAACUGUGGAUUUAAACGUGAUUCUCUGAGGUGUCUAAGUUAUUGAUGUAUAUAUUGUAUGUUUGUUGAUACAGCUUACUUUAUUUUCUAUAAGACCAAUAAAAUGUUUUGAAAAAGGA